UUUCAUUUAAAUCACGGAGGGCUUCAGAGUUCACCAAAAAAACACAUUUCGUAUGCAAAUCAUAGCACACUGAUUUGGGUCGCCAUUUAAUUUGGUUUUAUAUUAUUAGUAUUAUUCUAUAAUGGGGCUAAAGGAUGAUGAAUAUGAUUAUUUAUUUAAAGUCGUUUUGAUUGGCGACUCCGGAGUCGGUAAAAGCAAUUUGCUAUCCCGUUUCACCCGCAACGAAUUCAACCUGGAAAGCAAAUCGACCAUAGGCGUCGAAUUCGCCACCAGGAGUAUACAGGUUGACGGGAAGACUAUCAAGGCUCAGAUAUGGGACACGGCCGGACAAGAGCGCUACAGGGCUAUAACCAGCGCAUAUUAUAGGGGCGCCGUGGGAGCGUUACUCGUUUAUGAUAUCGCUAAACAUUUAACCUACGAGAAUGUUGAAAGGUGGCUCAAGGAACUCAGAGAUCACGCAGACAACAAUAUUGUUAUAAUGCUAGUUGGCAACAAAAGCGACUUGAAACACCUGAGAUCCGUUCCCUUAGAUGAAGCCAAAUUAUUUGCUGAAAAAAAUGGUCUAUCAUUUAUCGAGACGUCGGCUCUAGAUUCUACCAACGUUGAAAAUGCUUUCCAAACCAUUCUAACACAAAUUUACACCAACAUAUCGCAAAGGCAGAUCAGGGACAGUCCCGACGAUGACCACGCGCCUUCUUCGAACGUCCAAACGAUUAGCGUCGCGCCUACCGACGUUCAAUCCAAGAAAAACAAAUGCUGCUAACUUCUUAUUUUUUUAACAAAAAAUAUUUCGAUUUUUUUUAUUCCCCUUUUUAAAUAAUAAAAUGCCGAGAACUUUUUUUAAAAAAAAUGUCAACAUUUCCAUGCCUCGAAUUGUAAUAAAAAUAAUGGAAAAUUGGCUAAAAUUCAUAACGACUGAAACAAAAAUUAAUUUUAUUCCCCCCCCCCUACAUACAUACAGUUCUAAACGAAUUCACGGUUUUAAAAUUGUAAUUUACUAUUAAUAUCUUUAUAGAUUAACAGUUUCUAAUAUCAUUUUUUUUACUAUCAUUUCUUCAUCCAAUUUUAUUGUUACCCUGAUUAACGUCAAUUACUGAUCUUUUCAUAUCAACUCAACCUUGUAUAAAAUAUUUGGAAAAGAAAGAAGUAUAUUUAAGGCAAAUUACUUACGCAAAUAUUUUUUGAUCAGCUUAGGACUUUUAUAUCGUUCAAUGUAACUUAUAACACUUUCCAUUUUACUUUAAAAAAAAUUCACUCAUGAAAUUGGCUCAAAAUUUCCUUGGUUAUAAAUUAUUUAUUUAAAAAUAAACUUUAUACUAGAAUUAGAUCUUUAUUUCUCAUCUUAAUCAUUAAAAAUAAAUAUGCCUUACUAGAUAAUAUUCUGAUAUUUAUUUUAUAUUCAUAUUAUAUCAUGAUUAUUUAGGUUUUAUGCCUACGAAUGAUUCUUGAAUUCAUCUUGAUCGCAUACCAUAUUCUUAUUUUAAAAUUUUCUUUUUUUAUAAAUAAAUUAUUGCAAGUACUAAUUUCAUUUAUUAUAAUAUUAUCUGUAAUAUUUAUAUUAGUUUGAUUUAAUUUUAAAAAUACUUAUAAUAUUAUCAUCAAGAGCCUAUUAAUUUUUUACAACAUUAUUAUACUAUAUUUCUGAAUAUAUAUAUCCAUAUCAAGGGAAACAAUACAAAAUCUUAUGGCAAGCUAUUAUUAUGUAUUG